CACACGGCGGCCAGAGCCUCACAGCUUCAGUGGACAGCUCCGUGGUGCUGAAAAGACAGAGACUCCACUCGCACACUCAGACACAGUUGAGAUACACGACCGGAACCAUGGGAGGUUUCUCGUGGAAACUUUUUCUACUUUCUUGCCUGGUUGUUGUGGAGACCUCCGCGCAAAACUUCGGACAGACGCAGUUCAUUUGCACGUCGGUGCCCAAGGAUAUGGACCUGUGCACCGCCACGAUGCAGAACAGCGGGCCCGCAGAAGACCUGAAGACCACGAUCAUACAGCUGAGGGAGACCGUGCUGCAGCAGAAGGAGACCAUUGUGAAUCAGAAGGAGACAAUCAGGGAACUAACGUCCAAGUUGAGCCGCUGCGAGAGCCAGAGUCUCCCUGCGGCGGCGGGGCCCGGCGGGAGGCGGCCGGGGUCCAAGAACACCAUGGGGGAUGUAUCUCGGGGCACCACGGACACUCUGGCUCAGCUGGGACAGACUUUACAGACGCUCAAACAGAGACUGGAAAACCUAGAGCAAUACAGCCGAGGGAAUAACACGGUGCAAGCGAACAGCCUGAAGGAUCUGCUGCAAAACAAAAUAGACGACAUGGAGAAGCAGGUUCUGUCCCGGGUCAACACGUUGGAGGAGGGCAAACCGGGGUCGAGGAACGACACCGAGCAGCGGAACAGAGUGGAAUCCACCCUCACCUCCCUGCACCACCGGAUCACAGACUUGGAGAAAGGCAAAGACACCAGACCAGCGGAUAAGUUCCAGCUCACCUUCCCCCUGAGAACCAACUACAUGUACGCCAAAGCCAAGAGGAGCCUCCCUGAGAUGUACUCCUUCAGCGUGUGUCUGUGGAUCAAGUCCAACGCCUCGCCCGGAGUGGGGACGCCUUUCUCCUACGCAGUCCCCGGUCAGGCCAACGAGCUGGUGCUGAUCGAGUGGGGGAACAACCCAAUGGAGAUCCUCAUCAACGACAAGGUCGCGAAGCUGCCGUUCCUCAUCAACGACGGAAAGUGGCAUCACCUCUGCAUCACAUGGACCACCCGGGACGGGAUGUGGGAGGCCUUCCAGGACGGAGUGAUGCGGGGCAGCGGGGAAAACCUGGCUCCGUACCACCCCAUCAAACCGGACGGUGUGCUGGUCCUGGGACAAGAGCAGGACACGCUGGGGGGAGGCUUCGAUGCCACACAAGCCUUCGUCGGCGAGCUGGCAAACCUGAACAUGUGGAACAGGAAACUUUCUAUCGGCGAGAUCUACAACUUGGCGACCUGCAACAGCAAAGCACCGGCCGGCAACGUCUUCUCCUGGACAGAGAGCAACAUUGAAAUAUUUGGCGGGGCGACCAAAUGGACCUUCGAGCCUUGCCGUUCACUCAACUGAACUGCACCUGCCCCCCCCACCCCCACCCCGUUCCAGAAAGGCCUCUCUGUAUUUCUGAGCUUUUUGUCGUUCUCGUCUUCAUUUUGACGUUCGUUAGAGACUUUCUGAGUUGUUGGUAAGCUUAAAUCUGGGAUUUCUAUCAUUCUUAGGUAUUCAUGCGCAAAAACAACACUUUUCACCUUGAGGAAAAAAAAAAAAGAAUCAUCUUGGAAAACCUCAGUGAGAAAGUAUCGCUAUCUGUUCUCCUCUUUUAUUUCUUGGAUGUUAUGUUGAAAGCACACCUAAGCUUUGGCUUUUUUUUUUCUUUCCGUCUUGGACUGGCAGCUGGCAAUCUGCGCCUUAUGUUUGGACAAUUCACAAUCCAAGUGAGGAAUUACAUAACCACUCCAACUCCUCCCCCCGCAUCCCUUCCUUCCUUCCUUCCUUCUUUCUGGAGAGUGGGAGAUUACGCUGUCCAUACAAUUCUUGUCAGUGUUUGGCACUGUGAAGUGUUGUCUGAUGCGGUACAGCUCCCUUCGAGCCCCCCGCCCCACCCCACUCCAGCCCACCUCCACCUGCCUCCCCAACCUCCUUCCCUCCCCAGCGCCUCCACUUUGCCCCGCCCCCUCCGGAACUUGCACUGUGACUGGACGUUAGGAGAGGAGAGCACGCUGAAGGACACUGCAAAGUCAGACUGUGGUACAAGUCAAAUUGUAAUCAUCGUUCGCUUCAAGUGUUUCUGUAAGAAUGUCGUUAACUUGCCAACAUUGCUACAAAGCCUGGGUGCCUUGGGCUGGUACAAAUAUUCAGCACAUUCGGUAUGUUUUUUCUUUUCUCUUUUUUUUUUCAGUUUCUGUUUUUUUUUUCAGUUGCAAAUUCAAUGUUUACUGGUUUUCUUUUCCUUCUGACCUGGGUUGGGUUUCUUGUUUCUCUGGUAAAUGUACUUUAAUUACAGUUUGUUAUCUGACAUGACGUGUUUUUGGCAGGUGUUUGUACUACUCUGUAUUAGGAAUGUUACGGUAUCUGUAUAGUAACAGCAUGAAUGACAGAGUGCUGUGAAAGCAUUGUUGAAAUCUGCUUUACUAUCUUCUCUGGGUCUGGGUUUUCUACUGUAUUGUUAUAUGCUCCAAGCAUGGCAAAACUGAGAGAUGAAGAAUUUAAUUUUUGUAAUAAAAUUGUGAUACUUAA